CACCGGCCAGCUAUUCAAAUGCGCCUGCAUCGAGAAAGGCACGGAGAGAAGCGCGGCACCAGCGCAGGAAAAGAGCGGAUUCUUGCGCAAAGGAUAAUUUGCCUGUGGACACGGAGACGCACGCGGCGGCUCAGGAUGUUUACCUCGGUCGGGAUUUUGGACUGUGGCAGCUCUGGAGAAACGAGGUGGAGGACGAGGGAGAGGGUGGGACGGGGAGACGCGCACACGCAGGACGAGGCGUGUGGAUGCACGCGCGUCCUCCGCGUUUUCCAACUCGAACGUUGGAGUUGGACACUUCAUGUAAAUUGAUGUUCAAUCUCUGUCGUUAUGUGCGCGGCUGAACGGGAGACGGUUUUAAAGAUGGAUGGCGGAGGAUCCCGCGGUGCAGUCGGGGGGAACAGCGAGUGUGCGCGGUGUCGAUGCGUGUGUGUGUGUGCGCGUGCGUGCGUGCGUGUUUUCAUGUGUGUCGCAGUAGAAGAGGAGUUUAAAUGCAGAUAUUUUACACUCUGGCCCCUGUUGACACGAGACACGGACAACAGGACGCGCGCGGUCCAGUGUGAUAGACUGCGUCUCUGCAAACUUAGAGCAGCUGCAGCACUUCGACCUGUGGUUUCGACUAAUACCUGGACAAGGCGUCGGUUAAUGGCCCAUUGUUCGAUGUUUGUCUGGAUAGUAGUUUAACUAAGCAAAUAUCUCGCCUCAUUAAUAUACAGUGUGUGUAUAUAUAUAAAUACAGUUUAAUAAUUCAGCGCCAAGCCCGCAGUGAACACCAGUACAAGCAGCCGCCGCUGCUUUCUGCAUAAUGCGCUUCCGUGAAUAUGUGCAGUCAAACUGUGGGCUAUGACUUUAUAACACGGACUUAAUAUAAUGUUACGGUUAAACUAUGGAGACGCACUUCAGUGCUAAUAAUUGACUAACUGAACUAAACGGUCAGUUGCACCUGUGCACGCGAGCGCACGCGCACUACGCAUACGCCCGGAGUGGGUUUGCGUUUUACAAUUAUGUAUUUUAUAAUAUUAAAGUCGUACGUUUCUCUCGUGAGUCCACGCUGAUUUUCACGUAGGGACAUUGACGCACAGGAAAUGGUGACUAUGCAGAAAAGCGCGUCGUCUCGUGUCACAUAUCAGCCCCACCCGUGUUGACUUCACAUGCAACGCACACAAGCAAGUCACCAAUUAUUUGGCAACAGUGCAGAGAACGACAACAUGUCUGUAAAGGAAAGAAAAGAGCACUUGCCCUGUUGCGUGUAAAUAAUUAAUUUAUCGAGGUUUUUAUGUCAGACAACUUCUAAAUUUCAAAUUCUCAUCAUUUAAAUCUAACAAACUACCACAUUCUUUUGCUAAAACGUAAAUGACUCGGGAAUUAGCCUCUAAAAUAAACAAUGAAUUGUAUGUAUAUUUUCAAAUCUAAUUUGAAAAAUGCCUUUUCCUCCCGCUCCGCUGUUUAUUAAUGUCAUUACAGCUCCAGUCUGUUGCAGUGAGAAGUCAUUAGGAUUUCACGUGCACAUUUAAAGCGGUGCGGGUUUGGCUAUCGUUAACACGGUUUUGUUGUCAUAAUUGGAGUCUCACCAAAGUUACAGGGAGUAAUUGGGCGACAUAUGGACACCUUAAUGUAAAGUGAUGCCUUGUUAAUCUCACAUGAGUGCGCGAAUCAGAGCAAGUGACGCGGAAUAACACAAGGGAAGAGGCAGUUGAUUUACCCCUGAGCAAGGCAGCAGGUCCGGCAUCUGCUGCUCGGCCAUGAUGGCAUUUUUAUUAAUUACGCAAAAAAUAGGUAAAUAAAUACGUUCCUCUGAUUAAACAGAACAAAAUGGAGAGCGCUUUGAGUAUUAUGAUUUCAUAUUUGAUAUAAAACCAUAAACCUGUUUUAGUACAAUGUUCGUUCAUAUGAUUAAAACAUUUACGAGAUUCAAAACAAAAUGUUUGUUUUUUUUAUUGUAAUUUGUCAUUUUAAUUUCUAGUCUGCUAACGAGGCUCAGUGAUGCUCAAAAUUAUUUUAAAUAGCUUUAUCCUCCCACUAAAUUAUUAAACUCAUUAAACAACGCGUUUUGUAAAAAGCUGUAGUUCCUGCAGAGACUCGACCUCCUUUAAAAUAAUAAAAUUUAAUUUAAAUAAUGAACUUAUACCAAAAGUCGUACGAUCGGUGGGCACAAACUAAUUUACAUUAUAUUGCAUUAAAAUGCAACAAAAUACAUCAGAAAACUUACCUUUUCGCUUUGUUUAUUGGAGCAAAUCAAAUUCCUCAGCCUGGGUUCCACUAGGAAUUAUAAUUUUAUUCAGUAUUGAUUGACGCGGUGUGUUGUGUUUUCAAGGCCCAUACUUCAAAUGCUGUAAAGGCCAGCCAACAACACUGCAAUGCAUUUAUAGAAAACAGCGCGUGUAGCAGUAAUGUCAUAUCUUAGGGAAAAAUAGCAGCGUUUAACUCUUCAUUUCCCAAAUAAUUGUCUUUGUGUUUUGGGGUGAUUAGAAGAUAAAUCACACAAGCUUUGCGGAGAUGUAAUAUUUAUUGAACUCGGGAGUUAAAAGGUGAACUAGCAAAUAGGUUUAUUAGUUCAGAAGAAUAAAACAAGAGCAUUGUGAUUUAUUUUCAAAAGGCUAAUUCGGUUUGCUCACAAAUGUGGGCCAAUAUCACGUGCGUUCAAUCGCCAUAAAUAACCGUCCACCGUAGGCCAAAGUCCAGUAGGCUCAUUUAUUAAAGUUUAGUUUCACCAGACGCCAUUUAGCAAAUGCUUGUUCCUAAACAAGCUGUAAUUGUCAUUUUGAACAUCUAUAACGCUCGCAACGCUGUGUCACUUUGCAGAGCUGCCGAAAUAUUGAUCCACGGUCCUCUCUGCGAGGCGUUAUAUUGCUUCUGCGCGCAUAUGCCGCUGUGGGCUCCACGGGAACGACGCCCCUGCUUAAUAAUCAGUGUGAAACCUGUGCCGAGGUAAAUCACACCAUACCUGCGGGUUGCUCCUGACUGGACCCGCACCUAUUCGUCUUCUAUUUUACACAUCUGUACGUGAUAAAAUAAAAUGUCUGGACUCCGUUCCCACAUAGGUUAUGAAUAUGUGAGGCGUCACUUGCAGGUCAUUGCCUCUGUUUCCUUUGUGCUAAUUGAAUUGAAUUCCGCUUGAAAUGUAUCCUCUUCCCGAAGUGCUCGGCAAACCGUGUUCCUUAUAUUCUCUGCAAAAGCAAAUGUCACCGGCUCUAAGAGCCAGGCCCAUCUCGGCACAAUGACCAUAAAGAGCCAACGCACAUAAACACACGGCUCGGGUCGCGCAGACAUAGCAGGAGCCGAUCGAUCCGCGCGAGAAUGUGUAGAUGAGGUUUGCUGCCACGUGAGGCCGAUCCGUGGCCUUUCAUAUUUCUCUGUCGUUCGCGUCGCAUGUCUCUGUGCGUGUACGUAGCAAAAUAAAAACACAACGCCUUAGUGGAGAACUAAGAACGUCGGGAAAAGUGGGAGGAAAUUCUCAAAAGGUGUUUUUAAGCGACUUUAAAUUAACGCGCUGAAGAAUUAUAUGGAAUUCGUUUGAAGCUGAAGUGAGUGUCGGUGUCCGAACAGCACGAAAUGACGCAUUUUAAAAUUGACACGUAAUCACAUCCCGGUGUUUUUGUUCCCCUGUUGUCAGCCCUAUUUGCCUGAGUCUAAACUCUAUUAUCUCCGGCAGAACUACACGCUUGGGCAGCCACUUCUAGGAAUUAGCGCCCCUUUGUCUGGACACACGUCACACACACGCCGUUGACAUUGACUUCACAUCAGAGACAGUUUAACUUCUUCUUCUUUUUUUUCUUCUUCCUUUUAUUUAAGUCGUUCAACCGAGCGCCGGGUCCAUUGUGGGGGCCCUGACAGAUGCGGGGCCCCUAGCAGGUCCGGGACAGGGAAAAGUCUGAAAGGUUAAUCUGUCCCCCCGCAGAUGUUGGCUUUGGGAGUCUUGAAGCGUCACCUUUGACAUGUCCCCCAUUCAGCAGGGGGUCCAGCAGGACACUGACCGCUGCAAGCUGUCACCUCGGCCGACGGAGGACGCCCUGCGCUACCGCUCUAUUAGGAUAAACGGCCCCUGACACGGAAGGAGGGGCCCUCCUUUGUCAGGACGCAACUUCGGGGAGUUUGACACUUGCACAAAAGUAGUACAACAACACGGGGACACGAGUCGUGUUAUGUCAUGUGUGUCGUGUGUCAGCGUGUCAUUUCCUCCUCUACCUGCGCUUUUAGAGAGACGCACUGAGCGCGUGCGCGCCGGCAGCAUCAGUCGAGUCUGUCUGGGUCUGUUUGUCACCAAAAACGAAUAAAACGUGAUUCCACUGAAUGGGCUCCUCUUGCUUUUGUGCGCGCCGCGGCGUGUUGCUGCAAUGUUCACACUUGGAUCAAACUUCAGCUUUAAAUGUGCAUGCGUCCAUUCCCCUAAGGGGAGAAGCGUGUGCACACGCACACACACACACGUGCGCGCGCGCAUACCGCUGGGCUUGGUUCGUUAAGCCUAAUGGCUGAACAAUAGACACAUCUGCUCAUCUUUUUCUAUCAAAAGAGAAGUUACUACAGUCGUCUUCGUUUGGUUAAACCGCCACAUAUUCGUCAUUGUGGGGGCGGGGAGCUGCAGCUGAAACAGCCUCAUAAUCAAAGAAUGGAUCGUAGUGAUUUACUAUCGGACAGUCUAUAACUUUAUUGACAGCCCCAUUAGCCGAUAGUUUAGUCGCGAGGCUUUGUUCGAACCCAUCCUCAGUUUUCGUCUUCCUUGAGAAGAAUUCAGUGCAUAUUUUAAUUUUGAGGCGUUGGAUAACUGACCUCACGAGUUAAAAAUCAACUCCAAAUGAACCCGGAAGUGGACUUCAUUUGCGCGUAAUCAUUUAAGGAGGACUGGGGGAAAACGACUCAUUAUAGCGUUAAUGAAUUCAUUUAUUUCUAAGUAACAAUUGACAGAGGAUCAUUAGGAGCUGCCGCGUACAAGCUGCUUCCAUGGGUCGAUUCUGCGAGACGUUUAUAAGAAAUCCAUCUUUUCAUUUCUAACGUUUCAGCAAAGGCUACAUGCUUCUGCAUAUGGGUUAUUGAAGAGAACGGCUUUUAGCAGGUGCUUUGAUACCGCCCUUCCUUAAUAAGGUAGCUGACGUCAGAGCAGCGGGGCGGCGGGCGCGCGCUUGUGUGUUUGGGAGAAAGAGAGAGAGAGAGAGAGAGAGAGAGAGAGACAGCGAACGUAUGGGAGGGGACGUUCGUCCACAGUGCGCAUGUGUAGACGGGGAUCUGUGCUGCGGUGGACGAGGGUCUGGAGACACACAACUAGAGAGAUGGCGCGGCACCCGACCGGAGCGCAAGGACAGCUGGUUGGCGGCGGGGGGGCUUGAAUCAUAAAGAUAACCAGGGAAAUAAAAUAACAAACCAAAAAAAAAAAUCAAGAAAAAGAGAUUCAGAUGCGGAGCUUCCGUCCUGCACAGCAGCAUCACGGGGAGAAGAAUAACCAAACAAGGGGGAAAUAAAGAGACAAGAGGCGACAGCAAAGGACCCUGCUGCAAAGGGGGAACGGAGGAAAAACAACAAAAGAAUUUGAACUUUACCGGACGUGAGGACUUCUGGACAUCAGCUACACCUGCAGCAGGUCAGAUAGAUGGUUUGUCCACAGCGCUGCCCGGAUCAUGAAUGCACAGUUGUCGAUGGAGAAUAUUGGCGACCUGCACGGAGUGAGCCAUGAGUCCGUGUCCGGUCACGGAGAGCUGCUGAGCGGUCACAGCCCGCACUCGCGUCCGGGCGCGCGCGCUCUCAGCCACCGCGCGAUGGGCAUGGCGACCCUCCUGGACGGCGGAGACUAUCACCCCGGCCACCCCGGGCACCUGCAUCCGGCCAUCAGCAUGUGCGAAGCCCCCCCCGGCAUGAGUGCGAGCAGCACAUACACCACCCUGACUCCCCUGCAGCCCUUACCCCCCAUCUCCACCGUGUCCGACAAGUUUCCUCCCCAUCACCACCACCACCACCACCCCCAUCAUCCUCACCCUCAUCCGCACCAGAGGAUCCCCGGGAACGUCAGCGGCAGCUUCACGUUGAUGCGCGAGGACCGAAGUCUGGCGCCCAUGAACAGUCUGUAUCCCGCAUAUCAUCACAAGGACCCAUGCAUGGGCCAGAGCCUGUCCCCGCUGUCUGGUUCCGGUCUGGCCAGCAUACACUCGUCCCAGGCCGGCAUCCCUCCUUACGCUCAUCCCGGUGCCGCCAUGCCUGGUGAGAAGAUGCUCACCCCCAGCGGGUUCGAGGCGCAUCACCCGGCCAUGCUCAGCAGACACACGGAGCAGCACAUGAGCUCGUCGGCGGGGAUGGUACAAAUCAACGGCCUCCACCAUCACCCGCACGCCCACCUCGGCGCGCAAGGGCACGGGCAGGUGCUGGGGAGCAGCCGGGAGCAGGCCUCCGGACCCGGGCAGCAAGGGGGCGGUGGCGGAGGGGGUGCUUCGGGUGGACAAAUGGAGGAGGUGAAUACCAAAGAGGUGGCGCAGAGGAUCACCACGGAGCUGAAGCGCUACAGCAUCCCUCAGGCCAUCUUUGCCCAGCGGGUCCUGUGCAGGUCCCAGGGGACCCUGUCCGACCUGCUGAGGAACCCCAAGCCCUGGUCCAAGCUCAAGUCCGGCAGGGAGACCUUCCGCCGCAUGUGGAAAUGGCUGCAGGAGCCUGAGUUCCAACGCAUGAGCGCGCUCAGGCUCGCAGGUGAGCGAAGCCUCGCAUGUAAACGCAAGGAACAGGACCACGGCAGGAGCGAGCGGGGCAGCGUCUCCAAGAAGCCCCGGCUGGUGUUCACGGACGUGCAGCGGCGGACGCUCCACGCCAUCUUCAAGGAGAACAAGCGUCCGUCCAAAGAGCUGCAGCUCACCAUCGCCCAGCAGCUGGGCCUGGAGCUGGCCACAGUCAGCAACUUCUUUAUGAACGCGCGCCGCCGGAGCCUGGAUAAGUGGGUGGACGACGGCUCCGGUCACGCAGCCAAUUCUGGCCCCAGCGCCUGCACCAAAGCCUGAAGACAGACUGAUUUGAUUAACUCAUGGACUGACUGAACCUCGGUGGAAAAGCUUUAAAACUUAAGAGAAACAAAGAGAAACUUAAAAAGACCUUGAAGCAACAUUUUGCCCUUAAACCUGUACUAUAUUGAUAUUUAUAGUAUCCAAAGAUGAAAAAACAAACCAAAGACUUCUUGUUUGACCUGCUUUGAAAUGUUUGUUUCAGCAACACAUUUAUGUGUGACGUCCUGCAAAAAGACUAUGAUUUUAUCCCCCCUUCCACACACUCACUGUCACUGGUCUCUAGCUUUACCACCCCCCCCCCCCCCCAGCAUCAGCCUAGCGUUCGCCAUCCUUCAUUUUAAUCUGAUUGGUUGGUUUUAGUGUUGGAGGUCUAAUCAGCCUUUUGGGAGUCUGAUCUGCAGCUGUCCACACCCUUAGCAAACAGCCAGAACGUGGAGCUCCGGUGGGAUUGGCCAAUCAACUUCAAAGAAAAAAAUCCUGCAGGAGUGCACUGGAUUGGCUCAGCGUUGCUUCUGGAUCGGUGGCGGUGGCGGUGGUGGACCGUCUGUCUAAAUAUCUGUCCGUCCUGCUGUCUGUCUUUCUAUCAAGCAUGCCAGACAGAUGGGUCAAUGCCCAUGAGUCGACUGCUAACCCAGAACCCAAAGCCCAUCUCCAAAUCAAACCAAAGGCCCAUAACCUCAACCCGCGUUGUAGUGCUUUCUUCCGACAUGCUGAAGCGUGAAGGAUUUAAAAAAGAGAAACCAAAGCCGCCCACACAGCUCAGAAAAACCUUAAGGACUCAUUUGACCAAAGAAUAUAUUUUGUUGUUGAUAAUCUUAGAGUAUUUUAUCAGAUGUUUCCUCACAAAGUCACAGCUCUGUUCAUGCAGCAAAAUCUGAACACCUGCCUUUCUGGAUUAAACAAAACAUGUUUAAUCUCCGCUGUCAGUCAGGUGAAUGUUGUUGGAAAUGCUGUCUGCAUGGACCCCCUGCUUCUCUACAGGAUCAGGUUCAGGUGACGCCGAAUGCCGACAGUCGGUGAACAAACACAAACCCGCUCUGUUGUGUGUUUUCGCCACAGACUCCGCUCUGAGCGCGUGUCUGCGUCCACACUGUAACGUUCCGUCACAUAUAGUCUGUAUUUGGCCUCAUCACCGCAUGAAAGAGUUGGAUGGACAGUAUGAUAUCAAUGAUCAAACCGCUAUCAGGCACUUACGCAGCAUUGUCAGCUCCUCACCUGAAUAUAACCCCCCGUCUCCUGGAACGCUAUGCAUUUCAGCAGUAGGAGGGAAGCACUACACGGAGCCGGUCCAGGGCAGCGUCGCAGUGAUGUAUUCAGCCGUCAUCGUCCCCGCGGCCGAUUAGCGUUAGCAGCUCCGCUUUCAUCAGAGCAUCACUCUCUGAGGGAGCGCGCUGCCUCUUCGCCUCCCAACCAAAAACCAAAAAGACGACAAGAAACCAAAAAAAGAAAAAAAAUGUGUCAAGACCUGCUGAUGUUUUAUAGUGUGAACCAAAGAUGCUACCUCACUCAAGUUCCAUACGUGAUUUCUAUCACUUUGAUGAUACCAAAGAUAACCAAAGAUUUUUUCUCAUUGCACGGCCUCUAUGAGUGAUUUUAAAGAUGUUGUAUGUCCCCCCACCCCCCUCUUUUCCUUGCAAUUGCCCCUUUCUCCCCCCAACACUCAACCCAUCACCCCUGCUAUGUUUGCUCUAGCUUCCUCUGUUCUCUGAUUACAGCUCCAUAGAUAGUCAUGCUGAUGUAGCUCUAGGCAGAUGUGCUGAUCUGGCCAUAGAUACACACCACCACGCAGGAGCCUGCAGGCCAGACGCGGCGGCAGCGUGCUCAUCCUUUGCUCUGCCUGUGAGCAAUAACGCACCAUUCAUAUCUAUAAAGUCAAAGUAAAAUCUGGUAAUGUAACUUUUGGACUACGCUCAGACGAGCCUGCGAGCCGCGGCCCUGCCUCUGAGUGUGUAUCUAUAGGAUGACGCCAGUGAUGGAUCCGAGGUCAGCCAUUUUCACAUGACGGUAGACAGACAAGCUGACAUAGCCAUGGACAGAGUCGUUGACUAAACUAUAGGCAGACGUGUUCCUGAAAGUAGAAGCAGACGUGUUGCAAUCUUUCUAAAACUCCCAGGACGAGUGCCUUGCUUGAACCAAAGUGUUAAACCGCUGUUGACCUCUCACCUUUGACUCUGUGAAUACCUCAGCCUGUAGAAGGGCCACUACUGACGAAACAAGGAAAUGGGUUUUUAUUUUUAAUCACACCGUGGUGCUUUCGCCGGCACGACCAUGCAAUGAAAACAUACCAAAGGAAUUUGUGUUCUGUCCACUUCUACAGAUGAAACCAAAGCUCUUUGUUUCUCCUCUCUCCGGCCCGUUUCCCCCCCCGAGUCGCCCCCGUCUCUCUGUUGUGUAGGAGGGUCCAGCACUCUGGCCGUGCAUGUCUUUACCAAUGUCUCUGAAUACCUCAUAGUAAUAAUUCCUUUGAGUUCUGCAUUGAGACGUCUAUCUGGGAGUAAGGCAGAACUCGUCUAGUGUGGUAAUUAUUGUUAUUGUUACUUCAAGAAGCUGUAUGAUUAUCUAUUUUGAAGUUUGUUCUUGUUUUGUUUUCCUGCAGAAGUGCUCUGUUUUAGGACAAGUUUCAGGGUUGAUGAAUGAAACUUAACGGAUGGAGGGAGAAGCAUAUUUUUUAUCAAACAUUGGGUUAUUCCAAUAAUAUAUGAUGGUAGACUAUUGCUUUUACAGGGUAAAAACCAACUGCUGUGAUAUUGUGUUCAUAUUUUCUCUUUUCUCUACUUCUGUGUUGUGAUUAUAAUUUAAUUGCAUUUUUGUAUUGGUUAACCACUGCUUUAAUUUAUGCAUUUGUAGAAACUCUAGAUUUGUAUAUAGUAGGUUUUUGAAAAAAGGCAAACAAAAAAAGACAGUCUUAUGUUACAGCCUUAUUUCCCACGCUAGACAUAAUAAAGGAGUAGUUUGUAUUCUUCUUCAGCUAAAUCCUAGCCGGCAUUUCAAUGUGUGUUCUGAACACUGCCAGAAACCCAGAUAGUUGAUUUGCCAACGCAGACAAAGUUAUACAGGAGCUACUUUGUUGAACAGCUGGCAAAAAGCAGUGUGUGUGUGUGUGUGUGUGUGUGUGUGUGUGUGUGUGUGUGUGUGUGUGUGUGUGUGUGUGUGUGUGUGUGUGUGUGUGCGUGUGUGUGCGUGUGUGUGCGUGUGUGUGCGUGUGUGUGUGUGUGUGUGUGUUUUUCUAUUCUUUUGACUUUUUCAAAACUGUUAUUUUAAGGGUAUUACUGCACAUCCUAAAAUUUUUAAAACAAACCAAAAAUUGGAAAAAAAAUAUGUAUAACGUUGAAAAGCACUGGCAUUUGUGAGGUAGACUCGUUGACUUUUUGAUUUGCCAUUCGCACGGGUAUAGAAUGUAGAAGGCGUAGGGCUGCGUAGACAAGCUGACUCUGCCAUGUGGGGGAAUCUCCUGUUCAGAGUACAAUCGAACGCGUGACUUGACUUUGCCGUCUCAUGCACAGAGUGAGGUGGAGUGGAGGCCGGGCAGCCGGUCUGCCGGGGGCCGUGCCGUGGAGCCGGGUGGGCUUUUUUUGCUGUGUCACUGCUGCCUCGCUCCAUCCAGUAUCUGUUCUCUUGGUACGUACUCGUGUGAUGACUAUGAGCUAAGUCUAAUAAAGAAAGAAAGAAGCUUGAGGAGGUGUGUGUGUGUGUGUGUGUGUGUGUGUGUGUGUGUGUGUGUGUGUGUGUGUGUGUGUGUGUGUGUGUGUGUGUGUGUGUGUGUGUGUGUGUGUGUUUUCAUCUGUUAAUGACUGUAUGUUUGUAUGCGUGUGUGUGAGACCUCAGACGGUAAAGUCUCCAGGGACGGACGGCAAUCCCCCAAAUGUCCACGACAGAUUAGAUCAGCAUGUUGAGCAGUUAUUGUGUCACAAGAUGAAGAAUGUGAUGCUUUUCAGCAAAGUGAGGAGGACCGGAUGGACGUAUAGUUUCAUGUUUCUGUAGAUGUUUUGUCCAGGAGGAGUUCCCAUGUGAUGGGUGGCUUGGCUACAAGUCUCAUAACAAUACUGCAGCGCCUAAGACAAUCAUCUGGAUCUCUUACGCUGGGGAACUAGUUUGUCAUCCGCAGAGGGGUGUCCUUAGCAAUUCAUACACAAAGAUGCUUGAAGGGUUUUGAUAAACAAGCAUAUUUGUUGUCAUAGACAUUUAGGAGUAAAUUACAGUUGUAGUUCAUCUUGCACUUGCAUUUCAAAAUGAAAUUUCAUAGCUCUCGUCAGCCUCGUGCUCUGACCUUCUCCUCUCACAAUGCUUCUUCAGUUUUCGGUAUGUGUGCGACUGGGUGAGCGUGUGUGUGUGUGUGUGUGUGUGUGUGUGUGUGUGUGUGUGUGUGUCUGUGUGUGCCGGAGAGGCCAAACUGUCAGUGUUACUCUCAGAUGUAUACGUCCACGUCCCAUGACUUUGAUUUGUUUAUUGCCGUUGCCCAGGUUUUGCUACUGCUUUCUCAGUGCCGUGCAAUAUCAUCUGUUGUGAUUGCUAAGCAAAUAAAAAAAGAAAGAAACUUGAGAAGCAAGUGAUGAUGUCAUCGAGCUUUUUUUUCAGUGUUCGGAUGUUUCAACAUUUCUGUAGUCACAAAAGUAGAAAAUAAACUGUUGGUAUUUCCAGC